UCUGCUUCUUCUUUUCUUGAUCACCACCCUAAUCUCUCUCUCUCUCUCUCUCUCUUGUUCUUGACGAAUAAUCUCAAGGAAUAAACUAAGCAUCAAGAAACGGUUGUGGGUUUAAAGUGGAAUAAUUGAGGAAAGAUGAGCAGAAGAAAUGAUGGUGGAGAUAAUGGAGUGGUGAAGCUUGACCUGAAACUGAACUUAUCACCGCCGAGAAGUCACUGGCCGGAAUCUCCUACCAGGUCGUCACCAAUGACUGUAUCUCCGACGAACUCGUGUGUGUCAUUGGAGCUUGUCGGCGGCCAACAUGAUGAUGAGACGAUGGAGCUCCGGUAUUCAAGCAGCCCGGAAACGACGACGUCGAUGAUGCUGGCCGGAUGUCCACGGUGUCUGAUGUACGUCAUGCUGGCGGAGGAGUACCCUAAGUGCCCUAAAUGCAAGAGUACCGUCCUUCUUGAUGUUGUCUUUGACAAACCUCUCAUCAAGAAAUCUAAAACUUAAUUAAGCAUUAAUUACUUAAUAUUAGUUUUAAAUUUCUAGAAUUAGUUAGUGGGAAAUUAAAUUAAAUUAUGUUUCUUUUAUUUUUUUAUUUUUUAUUUUUAUUUUUACUUUGCUGGGUGAUGUAAUUUUGGUGUGAUGACAAAUUAUG